AUGCAUUUCACCACCCUGCUCAGCCUCGCCAGCCUCGGCCUGAAUAUCCUCCCUGUGCAGUCCGCAGCAGUUCCCGCCGCUGAUUUGGCUCGCCGCGCCGGGCAGCCAAUCAGCCGUGUCUACCUUCCUAACACGGUCGAGAAGAGGCACACCUACGGAGUGGAUGAAGACGAGGCGCUCGAGAAGAGGCACACCUACGGGGUGGAUGAAGAUGAGGCACUCGAAAAGAGGCACACCUACGGAGUGGAUGAAGACGAGGCGCUCGAGAAGCGACACACCUACGGGGUGGAUGAAGAUGAGGCACUCGAAAAGAGGCACACCUACGGAGUGGAUGAAGACGAGGUCGUCUGA